CCCCCACCCCUGCUUUUUUUUUUUUUUUAUGUUUAGAAAUUUCAUUCAACAACAAAUCCGUACCAAGAUUACUGUUCAUAAAUUGGAUACAUCAGCUAGUGUGAAAAGACCUACACCUAUUCUUUUACUUCGAACAGAACCAAAGUAACACUGAGAGAAUUAAAAAAAAAAAAAAAAGGGGGGGGAGAGGUCACACUUUUUUUGUAUUCAAUUAAUAUUUUCUAAUCCAAUAGCAAUGAAUGGUCUUUAUCAAUGCAAAACAAGUUGAGCCAAUUAGGUUAUUUCACUGUGGAUGCAGCCAUUGAUUUACCCGAGAAAAAGGAGGGUGAAUCAUUACUCGAUACCUGCUACAAGGAGUUGACGAAGGCCACCACGGAUCUCUCCUUUUUCCCACCGUUACUCAUCAGUCAUGGAGACAAGGCAGCUCGUAUCUCACAAAAGUUUGUUUCUAAUAAACCUGUCUCGGGUCUCGUGAUGAUGGAUUCGGAUACAGUGUCUGAUCUGACGGAAUUUCCCCUCUCUGAAUUUGAGCCUCGAUUUCCUAUCUGUAUGAUCUCUAAGGGUCCUCCACCCGAGUUUUUGGAUGGCUGGAUUGACCAUCUUCCGUUGAAAAAGGGUCAAGAAUUAAAGGACCUUGAGCAGUGGAUGGAUCAAGUAGGCAUGUGACCUCCUUUUUCUAGAGGGACAAGCUUUUCUUAAAAAAAAAAAUAAAAAAAUUUGGUGAGCUUA